AUGGCGCCGCGAAGGUAGAGAGAAAGGGAGCGAGGCCAAGGAGCGGCUGCGCAGAGGUGCCGCCCCUCUCGCCUCACACUUGAGCGAGCGCGGGGGAAAGUCAGCCCGGCCAAGGCGGCCUCUCAGGCGCUCUCGCACUUGGCCGCUGUUGUUGGGUCGUUCCCCCCGUCUGCCACGACGGGGGGACGGAGAGGAGGAUGGCGGAAACGGCGGGGCUGAGCCUUCGGGCCAAAGCGGCGGCAGCAGCACCCCCCUCAGCGACGGCAGAAGCAGCGGCCGGAGGCUGCCCCGCGGCCGACAGGAUCGCUCUGAGGGACUCGCCGCGCUGGAGCGACCCCGAGGACGCCAGUUGAGCGCGGCCCUCUUCGGGUCUUUCUUUUCCCGCCCCUCGGCCGCUACUGGAAGGACAGGCGGGCGCUCGGCCGGUCUCCACGGCGGGCCCCUCAAGGCGGCGGGACCACAGCGAGAAAGGGGAGGAGGCGGGAGCAUGGGCGCCAAGCAGAGCGGCCCGGCCGCCGCCAAUGGCCGCACUCGGGCUUACUCCGGCGGGGAUUUGCCUUCCAGCAGCAGCGGCGGCGGCGGCGCUAACGGGACCGGCGGCCGGCCGAUGGGUGGCGGGGGCAGGUACGCGCACUUGGCGUCCGGGGUGCACCACGCCGGGCCCGGCAGCUCUGCGGCGGCCGCGGCUCCAGCGCCCCGGAGCAGGUCUCUGGGUGGGCCGGCAGCGGCCGGAGCUCGAGCGGCGCACUCCGCCUUCAACAUCCCCAACAGCAGCGGCGGCCUCUACGGCUCCCAGGACUCGGUGAACAGCACCCCCGAGGAAGGCGGGCGGGAGCGGCCCGUUGCGGGAGGAGGAGGCGGCGGCGGAGGACAUGGCGGCGGGAGCGGUGGGCCCCGGCUUGUCAUCGGCUCCUUACCUGCCCACCUUUCGCCUCACCUGUUUGGAGGAUUCAAGUGUCCUGUUUGUUCCAAGUUUGUAUCUUCAGAUGAAAUGGAUUUACAUCUUGUGAUGUGCUUGACGAAACCAAGGAUAACCUACAAUGAGGAUGUGCUGAGUAAGGAUGCUGGGGAGUGUGCAAUAUGCCUGGAAGAGCUACAGCAAGGAGAUACAAUAGCCCGAUUGCCUUGUCUAUGCAUAUAUCAUAAAGGAUGCAUAGAUGAAUGGUUUGAAGUAAACCGGUCUUGUCCUGAGCAUCCUUCAGAUUAAUGGUUUCUGUUUUGUAGUCUCUUACACUGAUCAACAGAUGUAAAGGAUUUGAAGGUCUGUCUUCAGAAGUUGAUGUGAAACUGGACUUGUGUUCAUUUUGGACCAGGAAGGCAGAGAUGGAACGUUGCCCAGAUCACAUCUCACAGUGUACCAAGAACUUGCCUAAAGGAGACACAGGGAUUCUGAAAAUGCUGCACAGGAACGAUCCUCUUCCUUUAUGGACUUUAUGGACAACAUUUUGUAUCUACAGGCCAAAGUUACUAAUUUUCAGUUUAAUUUUUUAAACGCUAUCUACAGAAGCAGAAUAUUGUUGCAUUCUUUCCUGAAUGGAAGCUUUGUGCCCUAGAUCAACACUAUGGAACAUUUACACAAGGAAGAUGCCAUUCUUGGGUUGGAAUAUUUCUGCCCUCCUCACCCCUCCUGCACUGAAGAAAAAUAAGUGGCAAACAGUGAAGUACAGUCAGAUGAUGUGACCUCACUCAAGAAAUUCCCCAUCUUGUCAAUAUGCCAUUCACACUUUUUCUGUGAAAAGAAUGCAAACAUUCCUUGACUUUAUCAAUUUUUUUGAGGAAGUAACUCUUUGCCAGGAUGCAGCCCAAUGGGCAGAUUGUUAAUUGACAGGCUAAAGAGUUGUUGAAAUCUCUAUACUGUGCUCAUUCCUGUAUAAGUCUACAAAAGUCCACUUUUACUGCUUGUGGAUAUCAAUGCAGCAGCAGCGAAAAUUGGGGGUGGGGGCAUAAUUUAGCAGCUAUGCAAUUUUUUAAAAAACAACAUGGGAAAAUAAGAGUUACCAUCUCAAGUGCUGCCGAUCAUGGUAAUUUUAAUGGAUAUUUUUAAACCGUUUCAGGUAGUUAUUUUCUUUGUAAUACUUUACUCUCCAAGUUGUGUAACUGCAAAGAUCCAUAAGGCGAUAUGAUUCCUGAAGUUUUCAUGGGAACGAUGGGACCGGAUUUGAAUUCUUGUGUGUAUUGUUUUUAAAUCAAAGGUUGUUUCAAUGACAGGUCAUAGUAACUUGCAUCCAACACAUAAUUCUGUGUCCAGUGGUUCAUAAUUCAUACCAAUAUGGGUUUAAGCAUCUGCUGCUGGGCAGAGAGAUUGGCUGUCUCUUCAGUCAUUUAAUUCAUUACUGUUCUAUUGCAGCUUACUAUGAAUUGUAAAUGGAGGUAUCUGGGGGUUUGGUGGGGAAGAAGCUCAUUAAGAGAAAUUAUGAGUUUAAUAUAUUUGUUUCCACAAGGAAAGGGGGCCUGUUUGGAAUUUAUUAAAGUACCUUGUGAAGUUUGUAAUAAGGUGAAAAAGUAUUGAAUAAAGGUGACUGAAAAUUUUAAAAUGUUUAAAUAGAAGAAA